GCGGCAAGUAGAUAUUUUAUCUUAAAAUUGUUUUGAAGUCUAAAUUAUUCUGGCAACAAUAAUCAGUUGUAGUUUUCUUGACUUACAAGGUCACUAUGAAUAGUGUACUUGUCCUCUUAGCCUUUGGGACUGUGACGUUUGCUUCUGCGACUGCCACCUAUACUUGUGUUUGUAACAGGGAUACAGACGUGAAUUUCCAAGUGUUUGACCUGGCCCAGUCACCAGUUGGAUAUUUAUACCCGAAUGAAUGUAAAGCAUUUGUAAACGAGUCCAACACUGAUCAAGGAUGGUUUUCCAUACAAUUCAAUCAAGAGACUGCAUACAUUAAAGAGCAGGACAAAGUAGUAUUAGAAGAGUGCACCGGAUCAUCCUCUGAAGACACAGAGCCUACCGAACUGCCGAUAACAUUAACAAUGUUUGUGACCAGUAAUUACACAUUCUCGCUGCCAACUUUGGCACCGAGUGGCAACACUUCUAUACACGUCACACCUGGCAAAACAACUUUAUCACCUGCUUUUUUAGGUCACGUACACCAAUGCCCGUCAUAUGUAGUACAAGGAGCAAAAUCUAAUGGAUUCCUACUGACUCAGCGUGGUCAUUCAUGUUAUGAAGUAUGUCAAACCAGAGUGUCUUGGACGCAUGCGCAUAUGCUUUGUACAGAGAGAGGAGGGCAUUUAGUCAGCAUACACAGUGACAAUGAAAACUCGUAUUUGCAUCGAUUACUACAACAUAGUUAUAACCACAGAGUAUGGAUCGGACUUCACGACAGGGAACAUGAAGAACGAUUUGAAUGGACAACAGGAGAGAAAGUAGUGUAUACGAACUGGAUACAGCACCACAGACAGAGCGCAAACCACACCCACGAGGACUGUGUGUUAAUGCUACAAACCGGCUUCUGGGAUGAUGUUCAGUGUGGAGGAAACAAUCUCUCCACCGAAUCGGGACACAUGACAGCUGCAUAUAUCUGUGAAUACAAAACUCAUAAUUCUGGGUCAUUCAUUGUUGGCUGAAAAUAUAACUGCGGUGUGAUGAAUUUGAAAACGUAUUUGACAUUGCAGCUUUCAAAUAUAUCUCAUUCACAUAA